AUGCACAGUUGUUACUCGAAAUCCAUCGUCGAGCAAUCUGCAUUCAAACAGUCAAUUCUCCACGGCCUACGCCGCCAUGCGAUCGCGGCACUGAAACAACCACACCUGUUUGUUUUCCAGCGCCCAUUCGGCUAUAUCUGGGCGCUCUACGCGGCCACUUACUCCGUCGCCAACGUAACCGACACCGUCAGUCGCAAGCUGGGGAUAACCGCAGCGGGGACUAUCACCUUUGCCACGACGAUGCUGGCAAACGUCCCGUUAGCGCUGUGGAAGGACAUCCGAUUUGCGCAGAUCUAUGGCUUCGGCAAGACUCCCGAUGCCAAGACUGGCUAUUCUACGCCCCUCAGACAGAACCGGUCGAUCGCACGGGCUGCCGCUGCUAUCUUUCUGGUGCGCGAUGGUGUCACAAUCUUUGGAUCGUUUACGCUGGCGCCGUGGCUCUCAGCUGCUAUCCCUGAUAAUCUGGCGGCCCAUCCUCAUACCAAGCCGGUCAUCACUCAAUUGACUGUUCCUGUAUUGACACAGUUGGUGGCUACUCCAUUGCAUUUGCUUGCGUUGGAUAUGUAUACGAGGCAAUAUCAUGUACCCUUUGUGGAAAGGGUCAAGCAGUCGCAGCAGUAUCUUGCCUCGUCGACUCUGACGCGUUGUGUUCGUAUUAUUCCGGCAUUUGGAGUCGGAUGUCUGGCGAAUAUAGAGUUACGAGCUGCCUUUCACGAGAAAUUGACAUGA